AUGGCGCUAUCGCUCUGUUCGGUGUUCAUUAUGUCACUCUAUUCGAAAGUAACAAAAAUACAAAACGAACUCCAAAUGGAUAUGGAUGAAUUUCGUGCCAUCCAAAAUGAAGUACACAGGCAAGUGAAAGGCAGAGUCGAUGCUGCGCACUCAUUCUAUCGUUUCAAGCGGCAACUCUCAUCACCCGGCGAAUGCAAUUGUAACGCGCAUAAUGAUUGCCCACCUGGACCACCAGGACCACCGGGACCACCUGGAAUUGAUGGUGAAGAUGGAUUACCUGGUCCACCAGGACCACCUGGACUUCCUGGUAAUUAUCCACAGGUUUCGAUCAAUCUAGAAAUGAAUUGUCGAAUAUGUCCUAAUGGUGUACAAGGACCACCAGGACCGCCUGGACCACCAGGAGAGGAUGGAAAGAACGGACCAGCAGGGCCUCCAGGACCAAGCGGACAACAGGGACCACAGGGACCGCCUGGACCACGCGGUCCACCAGGAGAACAGGGUCCCAAAGGUAAAACUGGUCCACAAGGUUUCUCAGGAAGAAAUGGAUUCAUUGGAGGGCAUGGAGAGCCAGGACCACGUGGACCGAGAGGACCGAUGGGACCGCAAGGACCACAAGGACCUGACGGUCCAGACGGUAAUCCUGGUCUUAUGGGACCACCGGGCCCACAAGGACCUAUGGGAGAGAAAGGACCAGAUGGAGAGAAAGGCUUUCCGGGUCCGCCAGGACCGAUAGGAACCCCUGGUGAGGAUGCCACCUACUGUGCAUGUCCAGCGCGAUCGAAACGAAAAUCAAAAGACGCUCAUCAAUGA